AUUUCAAGCACUUGACUUUUCAUUCGAACGAUGUCCCACCCUGCUCAACGAGUUGCGCGGUCCUUGACGCGCUUUGGGCGCCCUCCACCCAUCAGGAAACCAUUGCGACGAGACUGGCGAACGCGUCUACCUGUCCCGCACGUCCGAGUGUUCGGCCGAGAAUAUGCCCCAAAUCGUGUGGAGGACCACUACUACUCGACAGUGCAGGAUAACGCCAUGUACAUGACCUACAUCCACGAAUCUGGUCCGCGCCCUCCGCCACGCCAAAUCCGUCUGACCCACGACCCAUCUAAUCCAUACUCGCGCUUCAGACACAAUCCCCCCGUCGGUGGGUCACAGUUGGGGAAAAAGCCGCCACCACCUGACACGGCCGAAAAUGUCGUGCGCCUGGAAAAGAUUGUGAUCCACUCCUUCAUGAAGCAGGCCAUCGGGCAGCGGUCCAACCUCCUCGGACUCAUCAUGGCCCUGCGAGCCAUUUCAGGGGAGACCGAGAAAGCUGCCGGGCGACAUGCCGUGUCUGGUGUGCAGCUUGUGCACGGGAAAAAAUCUGUGGGAGGAUGGAUCAGGCCCGGUGUGCCUGUAGGUGCGAAAGUGGAGUUGAAGGGUGCCCACAUGUACGACUUUCUCGCACAACUCGUCGAGUUUGUGCUGCCUCGCCUGAAAGACUUUCCUGGUGUCCUCCUCCCGCCGCCAUCUACCUCGCAGAACAGUCCUAGUGCCGUCUCCGGCGUUGUGUCGAUUGGGCUUGGUCCUGCAGCAAUGGCUUUCUUCCCGCAAAUCGAGGUCAAUGUUGAUGCAUAUCCGAGAACUUAUGGUAUGCACAUCCAUUUUGUCACCAACGCGACUGGGGUUGGUGCCGAGAACCGAGCGCGUGCGUUAUUGUCCGGGUUCCAGUUACCUUUCACUCGGAGAUAGUUUUUG